AUGCCUCCGCCCUGCCUCCGCCUCGCGACGGCGGGAUGCGCCCUCGCCAUGCUGUUUGCCAGCGCAGCGGCCUUCCAGGGCGCCUGGAACUUGCCCGCCUAUGAGCUCUGCAAGGCCAUCGCGCUGCCCUUCAUCGACGACGACGCCUCCGGCGCUACCUACAACCCGGUGACGCAGAGCGUAUGGGUCAUCACGGGGUCGCCGAAGUACCUCAUGGAGUUCAGCGAGCGGGGGCAGAUGCUGAGGAAGCUCUCCUGGGAUGGGUUCAAGGACCCCGAGGGCUUGGCGUGGAUGGUGGGGUAUCAAAUGGCAGUUCUGGAGGAGCCCACGAAAGGGGGCGUGACGGUCGUCAACGUUGCACCUGGCGUUGUGAAUGUGGAAGAGAGACGAACAAAAGUGGAUCUGGACGUCCCUAGCCACACGGGGCUGGAGGGCAUUACUUACAACGACAAGGAAGAGGUGUACUACGUCGUCCAAGAAAAGGAUCCAAAACGAAUUGUGGAGGUGCAACUUAAUGGAACCUACAGGGAACUGUUCACUCUAGAGAACAUAGGCGUCGGCGACCUGAGCGGAGUCCAUUAUGCCUCCCAAAUCAACAAGUUAUUCGUGCUGUCUCAGGAGGACAAGAGCGUUAUGAAGGUCACAAUGAAAGGAAAAGUAGUGCAGCAGAGGGAUAUUGCUGGGGAAAGGCCAGAGGGAAUUGCUUUCACUCCAGAUGGCCAAAGGAUGUUCAUUGUGAGUGAGCCAAGGUCGAUGUCGAUCUAUUCUACAAAUGGAUGCGACGAGCUCAUUUGA